AUGAUUAUCCAUCCAGAGAUGGCGACACCUGCUCCAAUGGCCACUUCCUCCGUCGUUCCUGUUCCCACUGUCAUCCCAAGCCCUCCCAUCUAUGUCAAGUCGGGAGACGUCGGAAAUAGGACCCUGUGGGUCGUGGUGGUGGUGAUGGCUAUUUGCUCCCUCGCCUUCUACGGCAUGGCCUUCCGUGUUCCAGUGCAAAAACGUCUCUUGCAUAUUCUGACUUCCUUCAUCACCACCUUCGCCUUCCUGUCCUACUUCGCGAUGGCCACGGGCGACGGCAUCUCGUACAAGAAGUAUGUGGUAACAGAGUCACAUAAGAAGGUCCCAGACACUCAUCAGACCUAUUUCCGUGAGGUCUAUUGGGCAAGAUAUGUUGAUGGGAGUAUCACAACCCCGCUGCUUCUGCUGGAUCUUACUCUUACUGCCGGGCUCAGUGGCGCCAACAUCUUGGUUACCAUUGUUGCCGAUCUGAUCAUGGUCUUGACCGGCUUGUUUGCUGCCUACGGUAGCAAUGAUAGCCAGAAAUGGGGUUGGUUUGCCUGGGCCUGUAUUGCCUACCUUGUUGUGGUCUACCAAGUCGCCGCUAGUGGUCGUCAGGCCGUUGUCAGCAAAGAUAGCAAGACCAAGGCCUUCUACGCCUCCAUUGCUGGCUACACUCUGACCGUGUGGACCAUUUAUCCAAUUGUUUGGGGGCUCUCUGUAGGUGGCCAUGUCAUCAACGUCGACUCUGAAAUUGUUGCCUAUGCUGUGCUUGACAUUCUUGCUAAACCCGUCUUCGGCUUCUGGCUUCUGUUCACAAUUGACAGCAUGUCUAGCACAUCUCCAUCACUCGAAGGAUUCUGGUCUCAAGGCUUCGGCAGCCAAGGAACUCUCCGAGUUGGUGACAACGAUGAAGCGUGA